AUGGACGAAGACAAGACAGACGUAACAACAUCCGAAUUGGAGGAUGAACUCUUGGCAUCGAGCCAAGAGACCAUUGUGGAUAGCUCGGAGACUGCUAGAAGUGCUAGCGCUCCUAAGCAACCUCCACACCCCGGAAGCACAGCUAGUACAAGUAGUACCUCUGUGCCUCGACCAUAUAAAGCCCAAACAAAUCCGUCGGGUAGCAGUGCUACCGACAAAAACCUCAAAACAGCGAGUUUGCAUCGUAGAGUGGACUUCAAGAGGGCUACCUUCUUUCUUAGCAAGAUUGCUAAAAAUAAGGAAGCUGGAACUCCACACGAAAAAGAUGCCGCUGAUAAAAUCAGGUACGAAAAAAUUGUUGAAGAGUACAACAAUCUUUUUGUUCAUCCCGAAAAGACCGCCAAGAGAAAUAGAUCUCUUGAGGAGGGUAACCCUCCUCAAAAGAAAGCUAAAACCGGCGGCACCAAAAAGAAAGGGCCACCUCAGGGAGCGGCGCAAUCGCGCACUUUAAGUGAGAUCGUCAGGGACGAUCUUCAAGUGGCGAUUGUAGAUGAGCUCUCCACUGACAACAAAGGUCUGAUGUCAGUGUGGAACUCCAUCGAGGCCAAACUCUCUGAGAUGGUCUUCCUCUACACCCUAUCGGCAAAUGAGGGUCCCUACCCUAGUUUCGACUCUGGUGAGAUGCUCAGGGGAUACAGGGUAAUUAAGUGCGAGGAUGGGUUUUCUAGGGAUUUCCUUAGUAAAAGUGUUGAUGAGAUCAGCACUAAAUGGGAUGGUUUGAAGCUCAAGCUUAUCCCAGCUAAGGAGAUUCCUAAACAACCACUGGCUCGCAUUUGGCUGCCCCUCAUGAGUAUCAAGCCAAGUGGAACGGAGCUGAUCCGCAGUCUUCAGAGGUUAAACCCGCUGAUUCCGAUGCAUGACUGGGCAGUCAUUAAGACUGAAGAGCCGCAAAAGAACAGCGCGUCUUACCUUCUGAGGAGGUUAGUCGAGGUUAGUCGUGGGGCUCUCGAAAAAGCCGACUUUAAACUCCGCUUUGGCAUUAGGAAUGCCAAAAUAAAGAUUCUGCAAAGUCAGGAAGCGGACCCUAACCUAGUUGAGGAUAUCGUCGAGGAUGACGAUACCCCCAAAGAGGCAGGGUUCUCCGGCGAGAGGCUGGCAACUGACGAUGCAGAAUCCGAUAUAAAUUAA